GCGCGAGCGGCUGCCCCCGGGCGGGGCUUGGAAGCCGGACACAGCUGAGCGCGCGGGGCUGCAACUCGGACGGAGCCGCCCGCGCGGGGCGGAGAGCGACUCCGACUUUGCGAAGAAAGCGAGCUGCACAGCCCUCGGGGCCCCGCGCUGGGUGUCCUCCCAGCGGACCGCGAUCGGCGCCCUGAGACGCGAGGCGGCUUUCCACGCGGGCAGGCCGGGGAAGCCCGGCUCCUUGUCGGAAAAGGCGCCGCCGCCGCUUCCGUGGCCCCGGCUGGCCAGUGACGGCGGGCCCGGCCCGGGCGGUGCAGGGCAGGGACGGGGAGGCGGACAGUUGCGCGGGUCUGCGGAGCGCAGAGAACCGGGCACGGACCCCGAGGCCUCCGCCCUGCACUUACGGAGUGCGCCCACCGCGUUCCUCAACCGGCCAGGUCCUCCCGGACCUCCAGCGCCGCCACCUCAGCCUUUACCCACUCCCUAG